AUGGACCCCCGACUGGAAUUUGCAUUUCAACUUUUAAUAGAUGCAACCGGUUUGCCGAGGUACGAAGUGAUGGAUCACGUUUUCGAAGCCGAUAUGCUCGAUGAAAUCAAUCAAUUAUACUUGCCGCAUAUGAAAUCGACGCUCAUGUGGUUUUAUCAAGAGGUCGAGGAGCCUGAAAUUCAACGACCAGUUGAAACAGGCCAGACAAAAGCAGCUACAUCGCGUCCUCAGCAAAACCCAGCUACGACAAAAGUCAAGGAAAUCAAAGAAAUAAGAGAAGCUCCUAAAAAAAAAUUAUUCCUAACCGAUGGCUGGCAAAUUCCUUGUACAGGACUGUGUAUUUAUAUGUUUCGUAUUAAUAUUACAAAACAGCUGCCCGAAGAGGGAUUUCAAAAAGAUCUUUUCACGGGUGUCAUCGAUGCAAAAAAAAUUGGUAUUAUACCGUACAUUCAGCGUGUUAUCGAACGAGUUUUUAUGGAUGCUUUGGCCCAUCCAGGAGUCGAGGACGAAGACAAUUGUCCGAUGAUUAAGACUAUUCUACUUCCUGGUUUAAGGUCGUUUUGCAGUGCCUUAAAAGUUUGCGAGGAAGUGGCGAACGACGGGAGUAUUUUCGACGACGGGCAAAACAUGAUGAGCGAGGUUCAUGAUGCUGAAAGUGCUAAAGCCUCGCUGGCAAGGAAUAAUGAUAUAGAGAUAAUAGAAGAACGCGUGCGAUGCUGGAUAAAAAGAUUGAAAGAUUUUAUGUUGGAGAGCAAACAAGUGAGAAGGGAGAACGACAAUAGUGGACCACAGCAAGAACUCGAGUAUUGGAAGAGACGAGGAGCCCAAUUUAGUCAACUUGUUGCGAGACUAAGAGAUAAUGAAGUUAUGAUGUCUGUACUAUGUUUGCAAGUUUCAAAAUCAAAGCUCGUAAAAGAGUGGAGCAACAUGGAAGAUGAAAUUACGUAUUGUUUUAACGAAGCCAAAGAUAAUGCAAAAUUUAUUCAAGCUUUAGAAAAAUGUUGUCAUUGCUUAUAUUUAGAGAAUCCAGUGAGAAUGCGAGAUUCGCUGGUAUCAUUGUUGCAAACCGUAAGGUUAAUUUACAGUGUCUCCAGAUAUUAUAAUACUUCUGAAAGGACAAGCUCUCUUAUGGUUAAAAUCACAAAUCAAAUGAUUGCAGCUUGCAGAGAUUAUGUGACUGAAAGAAAUCGUGUGACGGUUUGGGGUCAAAAUAGAACAAGCGCAAGACAAAAAUUGAAGCACUGCCUGAGAUUAAACAAAGCAUAUCGAGAAACGUAUCGAUUGGUGCGCUGCUCACCAGCUAUAACGGAAGAGGAAUUUUCUUUCUCGGAAACACACGUGUUUGGUCGUUUCGAUUCAUUCUGUGCCAGGAUACGCAAAAUCAUAACCCUCUUUGAUCUAAUAGAUGAUUAUCAACGACUAUUUGAACGCAGAAUGGAAGGUUUACUACUAGGGGAAGCUCUCGAUGAAACGGUGAAAACAUUCGAGGAAGGAAAAAAAAUUGUUAUCGGCAAAAGCUACGACUACUUGGAUCCGAGAAAUUUAGAAUUUAAUAAUGAUUAUGAGGAAUUCAUGAGAAAGAUAGGGGAUAUGAAAGAAAAUGUUAGCUGUUUGAUAGAGACAAAUUAUGCUGACGUUUGGGAAACUCUACAAGGAAUUCGCUUUUUAACUCGAUUUGAAAAGGUCAGCGAAAAAAUUCCUUUAACCAAGUUGGAUGAAAAAUAUCAUCUAGUGGUGAAGUACUGUGAUAAAGAAAUAGAUCGAAUUCUUAAGCUUUUUAAAAGGCAAAGGGACGAUCCACCGUUGCCCAGGCAUUUACCACCGAUUGCUGGUAGACUAAUCUGGGCUUCUUCAUUAAAAAUACAUUUAGACGAAUUAGCAACUUCCGUGUCAAAUCAUCCAGUAUUAAAAACAUUGACGACUACCGUUGAUUUAGUUAAAAGAUACAAUCAUACUGUUUCUGUGAUAACUCAAUAUCAAAUGGACAUCACUCGAGUAUGGACUCAUCAGAAUUCUUGGAUAAUCGAAGACUGUCUGAAACAAAAUUUGCUAACUGUCGACGAGUUAACCGGGAAAUUAAAGGUUAAUCUGGAAAGUCGCAUCGUUCUGUUACUACGUGAAGCCGACUGCUUGGCAAAAUUAAAGCUCGAGAUACCAAUAGUUGCAAAAUCAAUACUCGCCAAACGGGAUCAUUUCACGAUAGUCAAGGAUUCCUUGCAGUUCGUCAUCGAGGAUUUCGUAAACACGGCGAGGCGCGUAAAACUCGAGGUACGGCCACUUCUACUUCCUCAUCUCGUACAUGUAACAUCUCUUCUGAAGCCCGGACUAGUUUCCCUCACCUGGACAAAACCAAAUUGGAGAGAAUAUUGUCAGAGUACGCGCGAACAAAUCAAGCAAUUCGAUAUUCUUAUUACCAGAGUUCACGAUGUUUACUCGAAUCGAAUUCUCAAAGUACUCGCGAGUAUGCAAAAAACAAGGUUGUAUGCAUUACCGGAAGAUAAGCCUUGGAGUAUCGAGGACUUUAUGGAGAAAACCGAAGAAUUAUGUAGAACGGCUGCUGUCGACUUACAUAGGAAAAGUCUUAUGGUAGAAGAAGCUGUGGAGGAAGUUUUGGAGUUGGUAAAAAAUGCUACAUCGACAUUCAAAAACACCAUGGAUUGCGAUCAAUUUAACUUUUUUAAUGCUACAGAUGAACAACAAUCCACGGAAGUUGUUCAACAGCAGGAUUGGACGCUUGUUUGGUCAUGUUUUGAUAAUCCCCAUCAAUUAUUAUCGACAACAGAAGGAAACCUGUCGAAAGCCAUGCAGGAAAUGGUGCGAAAUGCCGUUUCCGAAAUGAGAAGAUAUUAUUCGAGGAAAGUCGCUGAUGUUCUAAUAAAGAUCACGAAAUCCUCCCUCGACAUUAUAAGACAACGAUUUUCGCAUGAAAUCGACAUAGGUAUCGUUCCAUCGCCAAUUUUCAUGUUACAUGCAACGCUUAUGAUACCAACAGUCUUAGUAAAGCCAAGUCUCGAUGACGUACAAGAAGUUUUAAUGUCUGCUGGAAAAACCAUAGCUGGCGUAGCUAAGGGCGUUGCCCAAUGGAAUGGUGGAAGCAAAGAUACGAAAAAUAUAAAGGUAAAAUUAUGGAUUACGAUUUCAACGUGGCAGUCGUGCACACCAAAAAGAAAUUUAUUAGAUAUUGUGACGAAGAUGCAGUUAGAGGCUGAGAAAUCUAACCAAGAAAAUAAGGAAGACCCCAAAGCACGUAGAAGAAGAUUAUAUAAAAUUGCAUCGGAAGAAAAGCCAACUUUUCCCGUACAAAAAUUAAACUUUUAUUCUAUUAUUAUGGACAAUAAAGAAAUCAUUAAAAUGUUUUCAAUAUUAAGCUCAUGCACGCAAGGACUUCGGCAGAAUAUGGCAGACUUUUUAGAACGAUGGACACCAUAUAAUUUUCUUUGGACUGACGAGCGCAGUAUACGCGAUCUUUUACAAAUAUCUUUGGCAGAAUUCGAGGCUAUGCUGAGGAAACACGGUGAACUUGAAAAAAAAAUAGUAACCGAACCCGACAUAGUGAUUUUUGGAAAAUCUAUUGCCGUGUCAACUGAAAAAUUACAAUACGCUUUAUUAAUGGAAAUAAAAAGUUCCACUCACAAAAUUGGCCAAGCUAUCAAGAAAAAAUAUAAACGAGAAAUGGAAUACGUUUAUGCCGUGAUGAAUGAAAUGGAUCGAAAAUUGGACCGUCAGAUGCGUGAUUUAGAUGACGUACGUUUAAUUAUGGAUACUCUAAGAAAAAUUCGAGAACAAGAGGUUGAUAUGGAAUUGAAAAUUGACCCAAUCGAAGAAGCUUUUAAUAUUAUAAGUCGUUAUGAAGUUCCAGUCGAUCGAGAGUGUAUUGAACAAGUGGAUAAUCUUAGAUACACGUGGCAGCAGCUAAAAAGUCGAGCUUUAGAAUGUCACGUUCAGCUCUUAACUCUCCAACCGGAAUUGGAAGCUGAAUUACGAAGUAACCUUGAGAAAUUUCGUCUGGACAAUGAGAUCUACUGUAAAGAAUAUCAUUUAACAGGGCCGAUGCAACCAAGCCUCACACCUCGCGAGGCCUCCGAUCGACAAAUACUAUUUCAAAAUCGCUUUGACGGCAUGUGGCGCAAAUUGCUUGCUUAUCAAAGUGGUGAAGAGCUGUUUGGUCUGCCCACCACCGACUAUCCGGAACUCUCGCAGAUCAGAAAGGAGCUCAAUCUUCUUCAGAAGUUGUAUAAGCUGUACAAUGAUGUGAUCGAUAGAGUCAGCAGUUAUUACGAUAUACCAUGGGGGGAGGUAAACAUCGAAGAGAUCAACAAUGAACUAAUGGAGUUUCAAAAUCGCUGCAGAAAGCUUCCCAAGGGCUUGAAAGAGUGGCCAGCCUUCUUCGCUUUAAAAAAAACGAUAGACGACUUUAAUGAUAUGUGCCCGUUAUUAGAAUUAAUGGCGAACAAAGCGAUGAAGCCCCGACAUUGGCAUCGAAUUAUCGAGGCGACCAGUCAUUUCUUCAACCUCGAGAGUGAGGGAUUCUGCUUGAAAAAUAUACUCGAGGCGCCGCUACUAAAGCACAAAGAAGACAUCGAGGAUAUCUGCAUAUCGGCGAUGAAGGAGAAAGAUAUCGAAGCAAAACUUAGACAAGUCGUGAACGAAUGGUCCUCGCACGAGCUCACCUUCAUGACAUUCAAUAACAGGGGCGAGUUGCUACUUCGUGGGGAUACAACUGCCGAAACAAUUGGCCAACUGGAGGACAGCCUCAUGAUCCUCGGCUCAUUAAUGUCCAAUCGCUACAAUGCGCCAUUUCGCAAACAAAUCCAGCAGUGGCUGGGCGACCUCUCCAACACCAACGAGAUCCUCGAGCGUUGGCUGCUCGUGCAAAACAUGUGGGUGUACCUGGAGGCAGUGUUCGUCGGGGGCGACAUCGCGAAACAGUUGCCCAAAGAGGCCAAGCGCUUUAACAAAAUCGAUAAAAGCUGGCAGAAAAUAAUGCAACGGGCUCAUGAGACGCCGGGUGUAGUGGCUUGUUGCGUCGGCGACGAUUUACUAAAACAGCUUCUGCCACAUCUUCAGGAGCAAUUAGAGCUGUGCCAGAAAUCCUUGAGCGGGUAUCUGGAGAAGAAACGAAUGAUGUUUCCACGAUUCUUUUUCGUAUCUGAUCCGGCUUUAUUAGAGAUACUUGGCCAAGCCUCGGACUCACAUACAAUUCAAAAUCACUUGCUUUCUAUCUUCGAUAAUACAAAACACGUUAAAUUUCAUGAUAUAGAGUACAACAAAAUUACAGCUGUCAUGUCUUCGGAAGGAGAAACAAUACAGCUUGAGAGGGCAGUUCGCGCCGAAGGUUCGGUCGAAAUCUGGCUAAUGCAGCUUCUACAAACAUCUCAACAAUCCUUGCAUUCAAUUAUACGCCAAAGCCAUACAAUGAUCAAUGAUCAGAACUUCAAUCUUCUUGCUUUUCUCGAUAAAAUGCCGGCUCAGGUUGGUAUACUGGGAAUUCAAAUGAUCUGGACUCGAGACGCGGAAUUAGCACUCGUGCAAGCGCGCGCUGAUAAAAAAAUCAUGGCUGAGACGAACAAUCGUUUUCUAGAACUUUUAAAUACUCUAAUAGAUCAAACGACCAGAGAUCUAACGAAAAUAGAAAGAACAAAAUUCGAGACGCUCAUCACUAUUCAUGUACAUCAGCGAGAUAUAUUUGAUAUUUUGUGCCGCUUAAAUGUUCGUUCGGUAAACGAUUUCGAAUGGCUAAAGCAAUGUAGAUUCUACUUUAAGGAAGAAUUAGACAAGACCUCGAUAUCGAUAACGGACGUUCAAUUUAUUUAUCAAAAUGAGUACCUGGGAUGUACGGAACGAUUAGUCAUUACACCAUUAACUGACAGGUGUUACAUCACACUGGCACAGGCGCUGUCAAUGUCAAUGGGCGGCUCACCUUGUGGCCCCGCUGGUACGGGAAAGACCGAAACUGUUAAGGAUAUGGGCAAAACUCUGGCCAAGUACGUUGUAGUCUUCAAUUGCUCGGACCAAAUGGAUUACCGAGGCUUAGGGCGAAUAUAUAAGGGACUGGCGCAGAGCGGCUCAUGGGGAUGCUUUGACGAAUUUAAUCGAAUCGAGCUUCCGGUCCUGUCCGUUGCCGCUCAACAAAUAGCAGUUGUACUCGCUGCUAAGAAAGAAAAGAAAAAGCAAUUUAUUUUUACCGAUGGCGAUCGUAUUGAUAUGUGCCCCGAGCUGGGAAUCUUCAUAACAAUGAAUCCAGGUUAUGCAGGACGAAAAGAACUGCCAGAGAAUUUGAAGAUACAAUUUCGAACUGUGGCUAUGAUGGUUCCUGACAGGCAGAUUAUUAUUCGAGUUAAAUUAGCAAGCUGCGGCUUCUUAGAAAAUAUUACUUUGGCUCGAAAAUUUUAUACAUUAUAUAAAUUAUGCGAAGAGCAACUUACGAAACAAGUUCAUUACGACUUUGGAUUGAGAAAUAUUCUGUCGGUCUUACGAUCACUUGGAGCAGCCAAAAGAAUCAAUUCAAAAGACUCGGAGAGUACGAUUGUUAUGCGAGUCUUAAGAGAUAUGAAUCUAUCAAAGCUCAUAGACGAGGACGAACCACUUUUCAUAUCACUGGUGGCCGAUCUAUUUCCAAAUCAAGUUCUCGAGAAAACAACUUAUCCCGAGCUUGAAGCAGCAAUCGAACAGCAAAUUGAAGCGGACGGACUGGUUUAUCAUCCACCGUGGGUCUUAAAGCUUAUUCAAUUGUACGAAACGCAAAGAGUAAGACACGGAAUAAUGACUUUAGGCCCUACCGGUGCAGGUAAAACAACUUGCAUUCAGACUUUGAUGAAAGCGCUGAGCGCGUGCGGAGAAGUGCAUAGAGAAAUGAGAAUGAAUCCCAAAAGCAUUACCGCAGCUCAGAUGUUCGGGCGAUUAGAUGUGGCAACGAACGAUUGGACAGACGGAAUUUUUUCGGCUCUUUGGCGCAAAACCCUGAAAUCGAAGGAAGGUGAACACAUUUGGCUGGUACUUGAUGGCCCAGUAGAUAGUAUUUGGAUUGAAAAUUUAAAUUCAGUCUUGGAUGAUAACAAGACCCUAACAUUAGCUAAUGGCGAUCGUCUGCCAAUGUCGCCAACAUGCAAGAUUAUUUUUGAGCCGCACAACAUUGACAAUGCGAGUCCUGCGACUGUAUCGAGAAACGGUAUGGUUUAUAUGAGCUCGUCGGGACUCGAUUGGGAGCCAGUUGUCACAGCCUGGCUCAAAACUAAGACAUCCUUGCAAAAAGAUGUGUUGGAGCAAUGCUUUCGCGAAUCUUUUGCACAGGUAUACUCGUGGAGCACGCAAACUUUAACAUUAGCGAUUAGUGUUUUGCAAUGCAACGUCGUUCGCCAGAUGCUCUGUCUCUUAGAAGGCCUUAUACCGCCUGAAAUAUCGGUCGAAGAAGAAGAAACGGAGCUGAAUGAUGAUACUGUGCGAAUAAAGCCAAUGACAAUUACCGAAGAAUAUCUGCGACGUCUUUACGUGUUUGCGUUAAUCUGGGGUAUAGGAGCUUUACUGGAGAGCGAUGACAGAUUGAAAUACGAUCAAUACCUGAGAUCGAAUUUUCAAUCUCUCGAUCUGCCGGUUUCGCGAAAAGAUGCAGAAGCUAAUACGGUCUUCAGUUUCUUCGUUAACGAAACGGGAAAAUGGGACUGUUGGACUAGUAUAUUAACAAAUUAUACGUACCCGGAUUACUCGACGCCCGAUUUCAAUAGCAUUUUAGUUCCCAUAACGGACAACGUGAGAAUCGAAUAUUUAAUCAAUUUAAUAGGUAAACAGGACAAGCCGGUCCUAUUAAUUGGCGAACAGGGCUCUGCAAAAACUGUGAUGAUGAAAGCUUAUAUGAGGAAGGCCAAUCCGGAGAUAACGUUAAAUAGAUCGUUCAACUUCAGUUCGGCCACGACACCCUUUCAGUUUCAAAAAACUAUCGAAAGUUACGUGGAAAAGAGAAUGGGAAGUACAUUUGGGCCACCCGGGGGCAAAAAAAUGAUUGUUUUCAUAGACGACGUAAACUUGCCAGAAAUUAACGAAUGGGGCGAUCAAAUCACUAACGAAAUUGUUCGUCAAACGAUGGAUAUGAAAGGAUUCUAUUCUCUGGAGAAGCCCGGGGAUUUUACGACAAUAUUUGACGUAAAUUUUAUGGCCGCAAUGGGUCAGCCGGGCGGAGGACGAAACGACAUACCUUCAAGAUUAAAGAGACAAUUUUGCAUAUUUAAUUGCACUAUACCCGAUAACGCAUCGAUCGACCGAAUUUUCAGUGUUUUAGGGGAGGGUUUUUAUAACGUGAAACGUGGCUUUUCCGCGGAAAUUCGAAAUUUAGUUAAGAAACUUGUAGCAAUUACAAGGAUAUUAUGGCAGAACACGAGAGUCAAGCUGCUUCCGACACCUGCGAAAUUUCACUAUGUUUUUAAUUUAAGGGAUCUAUCGAGAAUAUGGCAAGGCAUGCUUGGAACAUUGUCAACGGUCAUUGACAAAGAAGAGACACUCAUGUUACUCUGGAAGCACGAAUACAAAAGAGUAUUUAGCGAUCGAUUGAUCCAUCAGGCGGACAAAGACUGGUUUAAUGACGAAUUGGUUUCGGUUGUAAGGAAUUCUUUAGGAGACACAUACGUCAAUAUGAUUCAACAAAGUCCAUCGUUCGUGGAUUUUAUGAGAGAUGCUCCAGAGCCUACGGGCGAGGAAGGCGAAGACGCGGAUGCGGAACUUCCAAAAGUAUACGAGCCCGUUUACGAGCAAAAGAUCUUGAGAGAACGCUUGGAAAUGUUUCUGUCGCAAUUCAAUGAAAUGCAACGAGGCGCGGGAAUGGAUCUCGUCUUUUUUCCCGAUGCCAUGCUCCAUCUUGUAAAAAUUUCACGCGUCAUAAGACAUCCGAGAGGCAACGUCAUGCUCGUUGGUGUGGGUGGCUCGGGAAAGCAGAGCCUCACCAAAUUGUCCUCUUUUAUCGCUGGAUAUAAAACCUUUCAGAUCAGCUUGACGCGAUCCUAUAAUGUAACUAACUUUUUGGAGGACCUAAAGUUCUUAUAUCGAGCAUGUGGUUGUCAAGGCAAGGGCACAACCUUCAUUUUUACCGAUUUGGAUAUUAAGGAGGAGGGAUUCCUCGAAUAUUUGAACAAUAUUUUAAGUUCUGGAAUGAUAAGCAAUCUUUUUACAAGGGACGAGCAGGCAGAGAUCAUAUCCGAACUGACGCCAAUAAUAAAACGCGAGAAUCAAAAGAAGAUCCUUAAUAAUGAAAUAGUGAUGGAUUAUUUUCUGCAGAGGACGUGCCAUAAUCUCCACGUAGCCUUCUGCUUCUCUCCAGUAGGAGAGAAAUUUAGAAAUAGAGCUCAGCGUUUUCCCGCUCUUAUUUCUGGCUGCACAAUAGACUGGUUCCAACCUUGGCCCAAGGAUGCUCUGGUCCUCGUAGCUGAACAUUUUUUGCAUGAUUUUGACAUCGCGUGCACUCAGGAAGUGAAAUCACAACUGGUGAACGCCCUCGGCUCCAUCCAGGACAAAGUGUCGGAAACAUCGACCGAGUACUUCCAACGCUUUCGACGCGCGACCCACGUUACGCCUAAAUCCUACCUAAACUUCAUCGGUGGUUACAAAAAUAUUUACAAAAUGAAGCAGCAAGAGCUUGGCGAAGGUGCUCGUAGAAUGGACACGGGCUUAGCGAAAUUAGAAGAAGCGUCGAUAUCAGUGGAGAUUUUGAAGCACGAUCUUGCUGAAAUGGAGAAGGAAUUGGUUCAAGCCUCGCAAACCGCGGAAACGGUGCUCUUAGAAGUCACGGAGAGAGCUACGCAAGCCGAGUCAUUCAAAAAUCAAGUGCAGAAAGUUAAGGACAAAGCUGAGCAGCUAGUGGCUUGCAUUGCCGAGGAGAAGGGGCUAGCGGAGCAGAAACUAGAGGCCGCGAAGCCCGCACUCGAGGAGGCCGAGGCAGCGCUCAAUACCAUAAAACCAGCGCACAUUGCAACUGUGAGAAAACUCGGCAGGCCGCCGCACUUAAUUAUGAGAAUUAUGGAUUGCGUGCUAAUUUUAUUUCAAAGGAAGUUGGGUCCUGUCGUGCCCGACAUUACAACGGCAUGUCCAAAACCUUCGUGGCAAGAAUCAUUAAAGAUGAUGGCAAGCACGACAUUUUUGCUGCAACUACAAAAUUAUCCAAAAGAUAUUAUUAACAACGAAAUGGUCGAACUCCUGAAGCCGUACUUCAAAAUGGAUGAUUAUAAUAUGGAAACAGCCCGAAGAGUCUGCGGUGAUGUAGCUGGCCUACUAUCCUGGACCAAAGCCAUGGCUUUUUUCCAUUCGGUGAAUAAAGAAGUUUUGCCGUUAAAAGCAAACUUAACGCUGCAAGAAGCCAGGCUGAAGGUUGCCAUGGAGGAUUUGGCGAACGCCGAGAGAGAACUGGCCGAGAGAGAAAUGGCAUUACAAGCUGUCAAGGGUCAAUACGACAGCGCGGUGGCGGAAAAGCAAAGACUCACGGACGAUGCUAACGUUUGCCUUAGAAAAAUGACCGCUGCAACUGCCUUAAUUAAUGGUCUAGGAGGUGAAAAGAUUCGCUGGACCGAACAGAGCAAAGAUUAUAAGUUACAACUGGGUAGAUUGGUCGGUGACGUUCUCCUUGCGACUGGUUUCCUCUCCUACUGCGGCCCCUACAAUCAACAAUUUCGAGCAAAUUUAAUAUCAUCGUGGAUGAGUAUUCUCAUGUCGCGAAUAAUUCCUUUUACCCAAGACUUGAUCAUUACCAAUAUGCUCGUCGACACGGCCACGAUUUCCGAAUGGACACUUCAGGGUUUGCCAAACGACGAACUCUCGGUGCAGAAUGCUCUAAUUGUUACAAAGUCCUCGUCCUAUCCGCUCUUGGUCGAUCCACAAAAUCAGGGAAAAAUGUGGAUUAAAAAUAAGGAAACAUCGAACGAAUUGCAAAUUACAUCGCUCAAUCACAAAUACUUUAGGACUCACUUGGAAGAUAGUUUGUCGCUGGGCCGUCCAUUGCUUAUUGAAGACAUAGCGGAAGAACUCGAUCCGGUUAUAGACAAUGUGCUUGAGAAAAAUUUUAUCAAGUCUGGUUCGAUUGAAAAAGUCAUCGUUGGCGAUAAAGAAUGCGACGUAAUGCCCGGAUUCAUGCUAUACAUUACGACAAAAUUGCCUAAUCCUGCAUACAGUCCCGAGAUAUCAGCAAAGACAUCAAUUAUUGACUUCACCGUUACCAUGCAGGGCUUGGAAGAUCAAUUACUGGGUCGUGUUAUUUUAAUGGAAAAAGCUGACUUGGAAGCCGAACGUGUUGCUUUAUUCGAAUCCGUAAUGACUAAUCAGAGGUCAAUGAAAGAGCUUGAGAGCACGUUGUUGCACAGAUUAACUUCAUCCGUUGGGUCAUUGGUCGACGAUGAGGCUUUAAUUGGAGUUUUAAGAGAAACGAAAUCCACAUCCGAGUCAGUUAAAGAGAAAUUACAAGUGUCCGUGUUGACGGAAAAAAAAAUAAUAGUUGCAAGAGAAGAGUUUCGAGCAGUUGCAGCAAGAGGAUCUAUAUUAUAUUUUUUAAUCGUCGAGAUGAGCAACGUAAAUGUUAUGUAUCAGAAUUCCUUGAAGCAAUUCCUCACCAUAUUCGAUAAUUCGAUUACAAAGUCGGAAAAAAGCAUAACUACCAAUGAAAGAAUCAACAUUAUUCUAAGGCACUUAACAUAUGAAGUUUGGAGUUUUACUUUGCGAAGUCUCUACGAAAGACAUAAGUUACUAUUUACGCUGAUGCUUGCUAUGAAAAUUGAUUGCCAACGAGGUUUAAUAUCACAUAAUGAAUUCAUGGCAUUUAUUAAAGGUGGAGCGUCUCUCGAUUUAAAUGCAGUAACUCCUAAACCCUUUCGUUGGAUAUUAGAUAUAACGUGGUUAAAUCUCGUUGAGAUUAGCAAGCUAAAGGUCUUUGCCGAAAUAUUGACGAAAAUUGAAUUUAGUGAAAAAGAAUGGCGUAUUUGGUACGAAAAGGAGAAACCAGAAGAGGAAGAUAUACCAUGCGGAUAUCAGAAAAGUCUGGAUGUUUUCCGCAAGUUGCUUUUAAUUCGAUCUUGGAGUCCCGAUCGAACGCUUUCUCAAGCCAACAAGUACAUUAAAAAAUCACUGGGAAAUCAUUACGGGGAAGCAAAAAUUUUGGAUCUAGAAGCUACGUGGUCAGAGUCAGAACCAAGGACGCCACUAAUUUGCAUUCUGUCUAUUGGAUCGGAUCCUAGUCCGUUAGUGACAUCAUUAGCCAAGCAAAAAUCAAUACUACUGAAAUCAGUAUCCAUGGGACAAGGACAAGAAUGCCAUGCCAGAAAAAUGAUAAUCGAUGCAAUGACAACUGGUGGAUGGGUACUCUUACAAAACAUUCAUUUAUCAUUACCAUUUUGUUCGGAACUAAUGGAUAUUCUUAUGGAAUCGGAUCAAAUUAACGAUUUAUUUAGACUUUGGAUGACGACGGAAGUCCACUCGCAAUUUCCCAUUGGCCUGCUUCAGAUGGCCAUAAAAUUUACGAACGAACCACCACAGGGAAUCCGAGCUAGUUUAAAACGAACUUAUCAAGGAGUAAGCCAAGAUAUGCUUGAUUAUAGUACACAAAGUCAAUGGCCACCUCUACUUUAUGCAGUUGCUUUCCUUCAUACGGUAGUGCAGGAGCGCCGAAAAUUUGGACCACUCGGAUGGAAUGUUCCGUACGAGUUCAAUCAAGCGGACUUUGCUGCUUCGGUGCAAUUCAUCCAGAAUCAUCUAGAUGAUAUGGACUCGAAGAAAGGAGUGUCUUGGCCAACGGUGUGUUACAUGCUUGGCGAGGUUCAGUACGGUGGUCGAGUCACCGAUGACUUUGAUAAACGACUAUUAACCACUUUUACUCAUGUGUGGUUCUGCGAUGUACUCCUACGUGCUGGUUUUGAAUUUUACAAAGGCUACCGAGUACCACAAACAAAAAGCCUCAUUGGCUACUUGGAUCAUAUAAACAGUUUACCUCAAAACGAUACACCUGAGGUCUUUGGUCUACACUCUAAUGCAGACAUUACGUAUCAAAUCAAUACAGCUAAAGGCAUUUUGGACACUAUCCUUAGUGUCCAGCCAAAGGAAGGAGGUCCUCAAGGUGGUGAAACUAGAGAAAAUGUAGUAUACAGAUUAGCUGAAGAUAUGUUGGCAAAAUUACCAAUGGAAUAUAAUGCUUUUGAAGUAAGGGAAUCUUUGCAAAGGAUGGGUCCAUUAUUACCAAUGAAUAUAUUCCUUCGCCAGGAAAUCGAUAGAAUGACAAGAGUAAUAAGGGAAGUGCGUACAACACUGACAAAUCUCAAAUUAGCGAUUGAUGGUACAAUCGUAAUGAGUCAAAGCUUACGCGAGUCACUCGAUGCAAUGUACGAUGCCCGAUUACCGGAGAAAUGGUUGAGAAUUUCAUGGGAAUCAGCAACGCUUGGAUUUUGGUUUACCGAACUUUUAGAAAGAGAUACUCAAUUCAGAACAUGGUGUAAUUAUGAUCGGCCGAAUGUUUUCUGGAUGACAGGAUUUUUUAAUCCUCAAGGAUUUCUAACAGCCAUGAGACAAGAAGUAACAAGAGCUCAUAAGGGUUGGGCUCUCGAUUCGGUAGUCUUACAAAAUUUAAUAACACGAUAUAAUAAAGAAGAUAUUAAGGAACAACCACAGGAAGGUGUUUAUGUACAUGGAUUAUUUUUAGAAGGUGCUUCGUUAGAUCGCAAAUCUGGAAAGCUCGUUGAGAGCAAACCAAAAGUGCUCUAUGAGCAAAUGCCAGUUAUUUAUAUUUAUGCAAUUAAUACUACUGCGGGAAAAGAUCCGAAAUUAUACGAAUGCCCAAUAUAUAGAAAACCACAAAGAACUGAUCAGAAAUAUGUUGGCUCCAUUGACUUUGAAACAGAUCACAAUCCUAGGCACUGGACACUUCGUGGCGUAGCUUUAUUAUGCGAUAUCAAAUAAAUUCUGCAGCUCUGUUUUUACUAUUUACUGAUGUGAAUAAAGCAUUCUGUGCUUUUAUGUUCGAAAGAUU